AUGCAUGCCCUGUCUCUUGUUCCCCAUCAGGCCCACAGCUCUGCCACAUCUACCUGGCAGGUGAUGUUCCAGCAGGAGGGGCAGCAGCUGAUUCCCAUGUCACUCUCAGAGGCUCGGGAGCUGGGCUACGUGUUCCAUCUCACCCAGGGGAGACUGGUGUUCUGCUCACCCUACACACCACUGUCUGUCAUGGGGUCUGUCUCCAUGAUCAAUGGUUCAGUGGUGGAGGUGGUCCAUCCCAUACUGUUCUCCAGGCAGAGAUGGGUGGUUAUGAUGGUGGACUGGAUUGUUGCGUGCAGCACUAAUGAAGGGAUGUAUGAUGGGGCAGGGCUGGUCUGGCAGACCCCCACUCUGCUGUCCCCGCUGGUCUCUGGCCUCUCUGGGUUGGAGAGCAGCAAGAUCUCAAUGGGGGUGGAUGGUCAGCUCCUGGAUGAGCCCAUCACAGCAGAGCGAGGCUACAGCCUGGACAUCAGUGACACCACUGUCCAGAUCAGCAUCCCCUUCAACGCUGCCGGAGGAUACAGAAAAAGCUUUGUGAUGGCCAACAUGUACCAUGAGUUCUAUGUGGUCCAUCUCUACUAUGAACAAAUCUUUCUUGAUGACUGUGGUGUGGAGACCAGACUCCGCCUCCACAGGCCCAUGAACACACCCCUUCUGAUCCAGCACCUCUCCAUCAUUAACCAAACAGUCCUUGAGGAUCGUGUGUUUACUGUUUACCUGGGGAACCUCCACUACGAUGUUGACCUGGUGGCUGUGAAGCUCAAUGGUCACACCUUCACCAUACUAGAGGCGAAUAAAAGUGGCCUCGUCAUAACCACGGUCCCCCAGCCCAAUAGUAACCUUCAUGCCUACAUUCUCAGGGUGCCAUUUGAGGAUGCUGCUGUUCACCAGCUGUACUCUCCAGAGGGGCUUCUUCAGUUCUCGUUGGCCAUCAACUACACGUUGGUCAUCCUGCCUCAAGAGGAGCCUUACUACUACCUGACCUCAGUCGUGGCUCAGUUCAAUAAUGUCUCUAUUGGGCCGAUCUUCUCUUCGUCAGUUCCUCCGGUCUUCAAAGGCGUUUGCAAUGAAAAAAGCAUCAGGUUCCAGAUGGCCCAUAAGCCAUUUGACUACCUGUGGGAGGUGGGUGUUGGCCCCUACAUUCUGACCACAAAUCUGGCAGCCAAGCGGGGCUACAUCAUGCAGAAUGACAGCAAGAGUCUGACCCUGGAAGUGCCCCUCUUCUCUGUUGGCUACACUUAUAAGGACAUCAAUUUGAAGCAGUUCUACGGCUCAUUUGAAAUUCACUCACGACUUCCUAAGACCUUGGAGGUCAAGAGUUCCUUGGCCAAAGCUUGUCUCUUCCAGACUACUGAGGUCAUAGUGUGUUCCACUGAAGGGGUGGUGACAGUGGUUACUGAUGUGACUCUGGCUGGAGCUGAACCCAACGGAACCUUUCUCCUGGACUCCACCUGCAGGCCUCAAGAGACAGAUGACACCAGGGUUCUCUUUAGCUUUGGACUCCACACCUGUGGUACCAGGGUCCAGGUUGACCAUCAGCAUGUUACCUACGAAAAUGAUAUCAACGUUGAGCACAAGAGCCAAUCUGUGAACGCACCAGUCAAAACCAGGGAUACUGCCUCUGUGGUGACAGUUCGGUGUGUCUAUCCACUGAGUGACCUAUACAAGCUGUUUGCAUAUUGGCGGUUUGAUGCAGACUCUCCGGGAGUUGGCACCAUCUUGACUAGAGAAGCCGUAACAACAUUUCAGCCCACCUUUCCACCCACCACCAGAAGACCGUUGACCUCCACAACUACUUCCAGCACAGGCCUUAGUCCUGGGAGGGAAAUGCCUGGCAUCAACCCUAGGGCUAAAUACGUCAAAGUCUUCAGCUGGCAAAUGAACCAACCUAAAGGAACCACUUAGGCCCAGACCCCAGUCACUCUCCAUACAAUGGAACAAAUGAAACCACUGACUGAAUCGGCGUGAUUGUGGUGUUUUUGAAUAUAAAUAAGUCUGGUUCUUAAUAAAUAUGUUCUUACAAGC